AUGUUUCUCUCCUCCAAGCGUAAGGUUGUCGAUGGCCUGAACAGGCGAUAUAUCUACGGUCGCGUGGUAAGGCUGCGGCCGCCGCUUCCCGUGUCGUGUGACCAGCCCACUGACGAGAUCUUCUUUCUUCGCACCACAGUGCUGACCACUAUGGUGACCAACGCCGUGCUUGGUGGGAUCGCCGAUACCGUUGCACAGCUGAUCACCGCCGUGAAGGCGCGCUCGGCACAGAGGAGAUCCGAAAACCGGGACGACUUCAUGUCGAUAGAGAUUCACGACUUGGACAAGGAGAAGCCACCGGCGGUUGGGGAGAUUGGAUAUUACCGGAGCUCGCCGCCCCCCUUCGACUUUGAGCGCCUCACGCGGUUCAUGGCCUACGGUUUCUUCAUGGCCCCCGUGCAGUUCCAGUGGUUCGGCUUCUUGUCCAGGGCCUUCCCGCUCACGAAGAAGUACCCGACCACUCCGGCUUUGAAGCGUGUUGUCCUCGACCAGUUAAUCAUGGCGCCGAUUGGUCUUGCUUGUUUCUUCACAUAUAUGACGAUCGCCGAGGGCGGAGGCAAGAAGGCGCUGGGGCACAAGUUCCGGGAUGUCUACCUGCCCACACUCAAGGCCAACUAUGUCCUGUGGCCGGCGGUACAGGUCCUGAACUUCCGGGUCAUCCCCAUUCAGUUUCAGAUUCCCUUUGUUUCAUCCAUCGGUAUCGCGUGGACCGCGUACUUGUCCCUGACCAACGCUGCGGAGAACGCUGCGGAGUCGUCGUCCUGA